AUCUUGUAGUAGUCCCCGCCCUGUACGAACACGGAACUGACCUUGCGCUGAUCCUGUUAGGUGGCCCUUUUCCUCUCCUCAUUUCUCUUUAUGUUUAUAGCGUAUAUUAGUUGGUAAAUGUGUUUAUAAUGAAUGAAUUUGGUUAAAUUAUGCAGUUGACUUUCUAAAAUCACACCACGCGUCUUUGUGGUUUCACAUGCUGUUUGCCGAUAACUUAUCUGGGUUAGGUUAGCGCAUUGCUACGCAAGCAAACGUCUGGAUUUGAAGGGGCAGAUACUCCAGUGACCUCAGCAUGUGGGACACCGAGAUCAGGGGCAUGGCGUCGGCUCAUGCCAUCAUCGCCUCCUCCAUCUUUAUGGCCACGGUGCUGCCGGCUGUCCUGCUGGAGAAGUUCUCCGUCUACGGCUCCCACAUGCUCUGGCUCUACUCUGUGGCUGGCUCUGUUGCCGUUGUCAACAUUGCUGUCUUUUGGCUGCUAGGCAUCAGUCCUCCAACAAAAAGGCAUACGUUGACUCACAAGAUGUCCAAACUGGUACGGUCCUGCCUCUACUUCCUGCUGUCCUGCUUGUUUUUCCACUCGGUGGUUGUACUGUAUGGCGCACCUCUUCUGGAAAGCGCACUGGAAACAUUCUCCCUGGCUGUCUUACUGUCCACCAUGACCACGUUAAGGUGCUUGUGCAUGCUGGGGCCCAAUGUUCAAGCAUGGAUCCGUGUGUUUAGCAGGGAUGGGGCUAUGUCGGUUUGGGACACAUCUCUGCAGAUCACCACAGGAUGCAGUGUGCUCGGAGCAUGGCUUGGGGCAUUCCCAAUCCCCCUUGACUGGGAUCGGCCGUGGCAGGUCUGGCCUAUUUCCUGCACACUGGGGACCACGGUGGGCUUUCUGACGGGUCUGCUGGUGGCCCCCGUCUGGAUCCACUGGCAUCGCAAGCAGCUUAUCUACAAGAGCAAAUAAAUGCCUGUAGGCACAAAGAGACGCGCACACAUGCGCCACAAGGCACACAUACAGAUAAUAUAAAAGCGGACUGGACUUGGACAAAAAGGAUACUUCCACAACCCUCCAAGCCCCUGUAAUCCCCAAACAUUGAGACGCUUCGGUCAAGAGUGUGGCAACCCCCCACUGCACAGCACCCUCAGUCCUUGAAAACUGCUGCCCUCCAACCCUAUUAGUCACUGAGGUCUUGUUCACAAAAUGUAACAAAAAUCUUGUCAUAACUUAAAAACAUACCAUUUGUUCUGUUUGUACUAUUUUCCUGCGUGUUAAUUUUGUGGCAGUAUGCUCUCUGGUUUUUCAACGUUUGUCCCUCUUCAGUUUUUGGUUCUGUGUGGUUCUCUGAGACAUUUUAAUUUUUUUUCAGUGUGUGUGAGAGAGAGAUUUGAGAGCGAGAUAGUGAACGAAUUUUGCAAUUCUUUGAGCAGAGAUGCACUAUUUCCUUUUUUCGUCUGGGAGUGAAUAAACAAUCACUUCUGUAAA